AUGUCCUCCUCCUCUUCUUCGUCUUUGGCCGCCAAACGCUGCCCGUCGCCGUUGUUGAUUUCGCGGCCCAAGACCCCGACGACGCCGUCCAUUCUUGCCACGAUUAAGCGCUCGCAAUCCGUCGAAAGGAGGAGGCCGGCUACCACUACCGAUCGCUCUAAUUCCGCAGACUUGAGGAUCCGACAAGGCGGCGGUACGGGCGAAAUGACGAAUGCGCCUGUUGAUAACUUCGACGAGGAGCUUGUCUGUGUCAUUUCAGGGAGAGUCGUUCGCGCUCUAGGUGAGUAA